GGAGAGCAGAGCAGAGCGCGGGCCCGAUGCGACGCCCCGCCCCGCCUUGCCCUGCGUCGUCCCGUGCCGUCCGCUCCGAUUCGGAGCGUGUUUUAUUUUGGGACCUGCGAGUUGGCAGCUGAUACCGAGGCAUCUGCACAGGGAGAAUCAGAGGAAAUACGGCUUCGAGUGAGGGGUGCAAACCGGCCGCGCGUUGGCAGUGAGGGGGCAAAUCGGCUGAAACGGAGAAAUGACUGAUCCCAGGAGGAGGAAGCCAGUAAAAGAGCCAGAGAACCUUAGCGACAAGGAGAUUGAUGGGGAUGAUGGAACAGGCCUGGAAGUCAGUGAUCCAGACGUAAAAAGUGAUUCGGAUAUUCCUGAUGUUCCACCCUCGAAUGACAGCACUCCAGAAGUAUUCAAAAAGGCAUUAUCAGGGUUAUCUUCAAGAUGGAAGAACUGGUGGAUCCGAGGGAUCUUGUCACUCGCUAUGAUCUCAUUUUUCUUUCUAAUUAUCUACUUGGGACCUGUUGUACUCAUGUUUGUGGUUCUCUAUGUUCAAAUCAAGUGUUUUCAUGAAAUUAUCACAAUUGGUUACAGAGUGUAUCGUUCUUACGAAUUGCCGUGGUUCAGAACCUUAAGCUGGUACAUUCUUCUGUGUGUAAAUUAUUUCUUUUAUGGGGAAACAGUUGCUGAUUACUUUGGUGGCCUAGUGAGAAAGGAAGUGCCACUUCAAUUCCUAGCCCGUUAUCAUCGCUUCAUCUCAUUUGCUAUGUACCUAGCAGGCUUCUGCAUGUUUGUACUGAGUUUAGUGAAGAAACAUUACCGACUGCAGUUUUACAUGUUCGGCUGGACUCAUGUGACACUACUAAUCAUUGUCACCCAGUCUCAUCUGGUGAUCCAAAAUUUAUUUGAAGGCAUGAUCUGGUUCAUUGUACCAAUUUCAAUCGUAAUUUGUAAUGAUAUAAUGGCAUACCUAUUUGGAUUCUUCUUUGGAAGAACUCCAUUAAUUAAGUUGUCUCCGAAGAAGACCUGGGAGGGUUUCAUUGGUGGUUUCUUUGCAACAGUUGUUUUUGGAUUUCUGUUUGCCUAUGCAUUGUCAAACUACAAUUACUUUGUAUGUCCAGUGGAUUACAGCAGUGAAACCAAUAGCUUCAUUAUUGACUGUGAGCCUUCACAACUGUUCCACCUGCAGGAAUACACACUUCCAUCUUUAUUGCAAUCAAUCUUUGGAUGGAAAACAGUGCAGUUAUUCCCAUUCCAGAUACACAGCAUUGCCCUUUCCACCUUUGCAUCCUUAAUCGGGCCUUUUGGAGGCUUUUUUGCCAGUGGAUUUAAAAGAGCUUUCAAGAUUAAAGAUUUUGCUGACACAAUUCCAGGACAUGGUGGGAUUAUGGACCGCUUUGACUGUCAAUACCUCAUGGCCACCUUUGUGCAUGUUUAUAUCACUAGUUUUAUCAGAGGACCAAAUCCAAGCAAAGUCUUGCAGCAACUUUUGGUGCUUCAGCCAGAACAACAGCUUCAAAUCUUCAACAUACUGAAGUCUCAUUUAAUGGAAAAAGGAGCAAUUCAGCAGUAAAUGGACUCGAGCAACUUUUCUCCAUCAUUGUGGUGAAAGCCUCCCAAUCCAAACUGGGAUACAUAUCUAGUUUUUUUUGAAGUCCUCAGUUUAAGAUUGUUCAUGUUUGUCCCAAAAUUGAGCAUUUUGUAGUUGACAGUCCUUAAUACUCAGUAGUACUUUAACCUUUCAAAAGGUAAGCGGGUAUAAUGUUUGGCAGUUUUCCAAUUUAUUUAUUCUCUUUAACAUCUUUUAAACAGCAGGAUCCAAGGUAAAUUCUUUCUUGUUAAAGUAAUAUAACUGAAUCCAUGAUCUUUUUGAUUGCAAGGACUGAACUAGAAUGUAAUUAUGCAGGGAUGUACUAAUUUCAAGAUUAUAUGGAUAUUUUCACUCCUUUUUGAGCAUGAAUUCUACUGAGCAAUGCGUAGAUAAUCUAUGGGUCUGUCAAUGCACUGCAUCAGAAUUGUACUGUAUCUAACAAUGAAAUUGACAUUGGAUAAUUUUAGAAUAUAAUUUAUUUUAAUGGCUGCAAAUAAAGUUUUUAAUCUCCAGUUUGUUCAGCUGCAAAAUGUGAGAAAUUCAUCUGUUGUGUUUUAGAAUGAAUACAGCUUUUGUAUAUAAAAAGAAAGCGUGGGUUUAUUUACAACAUUUCAAGCUGAUUAAGACUCUGAGGAUUAACCUUAUGGCAGAUGGCAUGCACAAAGUGUAUAUAAUAUGUAAGUACAUGUAAAUGCAAGUAUAUAUCAAUUUAUAAACAUUUAUAAGUUAAAGGUCUGAAGAAAUUGAACAAUUUAAAUUUGGAUUGUGCUUUAAAAUGAGGAUUUUUAGUUUUAUAAUGUGUGUGUAUAAGAGGAUUCUAUAAUUGGCUUCCUCAAAGGAGAAACUCUGCUGUACACGAGUUACAGAAAGAGCUUCAGGAAUAUAGUCCUCUUUUGUUUUGAUUUUUGAAUCCCCAUACAUCGUUUGAUACCAGAGUCACUCUAUAGUGAAUUAUGGAAGUAAUAUACCCAUAGAACUAUUUUGCUAACUCUAUUAAAAUAGUCUGAAACGAACAUUUGGACCACCCUUAACAGUUUAGUUUAUAUAUUUUAACAAGGCAACAUACUUUGUGAUUGAUCUAUCUAGACUGCAUUCUGAAAGUAUGAGAGUAUGUUCCUGUAUGAUGUAAAAUUCAUGUUGAUUAUUAAUCCUGUUUGAAUUAUGAAGGUAACUGUUUUUUGAAAGUUUUAUAGCAUUGCAUUAUUGCAGAUUUUCUCAAAUGUUUAUCUGUAUAGUCUGUUGCGUUUUGUAUCUUGUCUGCAUAGUAAUAAGGUUAGGUACUCCAGCAAACAAAAAUGCAAGUUUCUGUCAUUAAGGAGACAUUUAGCUUGAACCCAACCACGUAUCUGCAAGGUGUGAAUGGUGUAUCACAAAACACUAUUUUAGAUCUUGAUUUCAAA